GAACCCGAAGCAAGCCUAGCCAUCUUCUCCUCGACUUCCUUGCUACCCUUCCCAGAGUGCCGCGGCCGCACCGAUUUAGCAGUCCUACGACUUCGAAACCAGAGGAAUUUAGAAGAUAAACCCUCCCCUCUUCUCCCAUCUCUUUCUCUUUUAUUUUAAUUUCAACGAAUUCGUCCCUGAAUUAACGGUAGAGUUGGAUUCUUUCUCGUUUCUUGAUUUCUUCCGAUAACUCUCUUGGUUGGUAGCAGUGGAUCAAGUGGGAUUUUUGUUUUUUCCGAUCGGUUUCUUGUGCAGUUGAUUCGAUUUCGAGGGGAAAGGGCCGAGGGGACAGAUGGGAACGGAUUCGGACUCGGGCGGUGGAGGGAGCCGAGCACGGGGAUGGGUCCUCAAGGCGCUGGUCCUCUUCGGCGGGGCGCUUGUAUUGAAGAGGCUGAGGAAGGCCACCACCAGGUGGGACCACGCCCGUGCCGUCGCCGAAGCCCUCUCCGGCGAGAAGUUUUCUCGAGAGCAAGCUCGUAGAGAUCCUGACAAUUAUUUCAAUAUAAGAAUGCUUAUGUGUCCAGCAACAGAGAUGGUUGAUGGUUCAAGAGUGCUGUACUUUGAGCAAGCAUUCUGGAGAAGUCCACAGAAACCUUUUCGACAGGAUGGUUCACUUAGCCAAAAAUCUGGUUCCAUGGUGGCAAAAAGGCACAAUAAAGAGGUUUUAUAUGGUGAAGCCUUGCCCAAAGGAAAUAAAAUGUGAUGUUGAGUUAAGUUCAUAUGCAAUAAGGGAUGUGGAAGAGUACAAAAACUUUUGUGACCGUCCAAAGGACCAGCGACCACAGCCAGAAGAAGUUAUCGAGGAUAUUGCAGAACAUUUAACAACCAUACACCUUUCGCGCUGUGAACGUGGAAAGCGCUGCUUAUACGAAGGCUCAACUCCACCUGAUGGCUUCCCUAAUUCCUGGAAGCAGUGCUGUUUCUUACAAAGUGGUUAUCAACAGAAUGGUGCGACAUAUUGCACGUCGGAGCUUGCAAUUUACAAAAAUGGCGAAGUACAUACUUGGGAUAGGGGCUAUGAUGAUGAAGGAAAUCAGGUCUGGGGAGCGAGAGGUGGUCCAUAUGAGUUCAAACCUGCACCAUCAUCUAGUGUCGAUGACAUGUUUUCACCUCUAAACUUUGCCCCUACAUUGUCACUAGAGAAGAAGAUGGAGGGAUCUUUUGUAAUUGACGAGCAAUAAAUUCACUGUGUAAAUUCUACAUCUAGAAAAUUGAAAUAGAUGUAUAUACUGCAUCCCUUUUCUUUUGUUG